AUGAGGUCAGAACUUGCUGAAUCGGUACAUAUUCUUUAUCAGAAAUUUGAUGAAAACAAGUUGAAUGUUUCAGAUGAUUGUGAACCUAAGCUUGAUGUUUUCAGUGAACCUCUUGAACCCCUCAAACCAAAUUCAUACUUGUUGUCCAAUGCUGUUGAAGCAAAUGUUGAAAAGGAGUAUGAAGUUAGUGAGUUUUCCAUCGUAGAGAAAGGUAUGGAAUUGUCCUUUGAGGAGCAGGUGAAAUCAGAAGAAAAAGCUGUUGAUGGUUCUGGAGUAGAGAAUCUUGCUGGCAGCACUGACGAGGUAGCCCUUGUAGGGGACACCAAGCUUCAUCCCCCAGUUGAAGUUGAGGAAAUUGGCAGUCACAGAAAUGAGCUUGUGGUGACCAAGUGCAAGUCCGAAGAGAAUGAUAUAUGCACCAAAGAAUCACUUAUGAAAGAUUUGGAGUCAGCAUUGGCUAGUGUGUCAGAUUUGGUAAAAGAAGGAUCGGAUUCCCAAGAAGAUGAAAGUGAAAUUUCAAACCAAGAGAAUUACUUGAUGGGAAAAUCAAAUUGUGAAGGGCUUCGGAAGGGCAAGUCACUUAGCUUGGACGAUGCUACUGAAUCUGUUGCUAGUGAGUUCCUGGACCUGCUGGGGAUAGAGCAUAGUCCAUUUGGCUUGAGUUCUGAGAGUGAGCCCGAGUCCCCAAGAGAACGUCUGUUGAGACAAUUUGAGAAGGAUACCCUAGCCAGUGGGUUUUCCUUAUUCAACUUUGAUAUUGAUGGUGAGCAGGCAGAAUUUGGUUACGAAGAUCCAACUGGGUCUGGGUGGGGGACCAUCUCUGAAGACUUCUAUAACUCAUCAAUGGCCCUAGCUUCUGAGAAAAUGCCUACAGUAGCAACAGAAGCAAUGAGGGACAGAACAAGGGCUUUAAUGUUAGAGGAAUUGGAGACAGAGGCUUUGAUGCGUGAGUCGGGCUUGAAUGAGCAGGCUUUUCAGCGUUCUCUGUCUAACAGCUCUGGUGGGUUUGGAAGCCCAAUUGAUUUACGCACUGAAGAUCCUCUCCAGCUGCCUUCCCUUGGAGAAGGCUUAGGUCCAUUUGUUCAGACUAAGAACGGAGGAUUUUUGCGGUCGAUGAAUCCUGCACUUUUUAGCAAUGCCAAAAAUGGGGGAAGCUUGAUUAUGCAGGUAUCUAGUCCAGUCGUUGUACCUGCAGAGAUGGGUUCUGGUAUAAUGGAGAUACUGCAGCAAUUGACUUCAGUUGGAAUUGAAAAGCUCUCAAUGCAAGCAAAUAAGUUGAUGCCUCUAGAAGAUAUAACUGGAAAGACGAUGCAACAAAUAGCAUGGGAAGCUGCACCACGUUUGGAGGAACCUGAGAGGUUUCCCACUUCUAUUUCUUAG